AUGAAAGGAGCAUCCAGUAAUGAAUCGACUGCUCAGUCUCCGGGCCAGUCUUCUCUUUCAGAAAACACCGAAUCGCACCCUGAAAUGAAAGUCCGUCGAUCGAAACGAGCUGGUCGCCCCCGUCUGGACGCCAGCAGCAAUGCGAUUCUCUCCGCUGGUCGGCGUACUCAAGUCCGCCGCGCGCAGCACACAUAUCGCCUGAAGAAGGAGGCAAUCUUUCGAAAUGCGACUGCGAAAGCCGAACAGUUCGAAACGAGAAUGCGCGCCGCCGUGGAAGAGAUAGCUCGGCUGUCUGAGGUCGCUGCAGAGUCGCAGCUGAACAACUCCCAUCCCAAUGUAUAUGCGCGUCUCAGGCGACUUAAUGAUAUUUUAGCCGAUCGUGAAAGCCACAUUGAAAUGAGUAUUUCUGCCGAGUCAUCUUCAGACUCCGCGCGUCAACGGCGAGUGUUUGAUGCGCAAGUUCAAACCACCACACCAUAUCCAUUCCCCCUCCCUUGUCGACUAGGAAGUACACAUACGCGUUCCAGGAAUCCCGUUUUGCUCGCCGAUUACAGCGAUAUUGCCUCGAGCACGCCUAUCGCCUCUUUACGGAAUCCUGGUCAGAUCCCCGCGAGAUCCACCGUGUGUUUCGGCUCGUGCCUUGCGUGA